CGGGCGAUUUGAGUGGAGUGAGCCAGACGAGACCGAGAUACCACCGUUUCUGUUUCAGAAUAAACACAACGAAAAUCGGUCGUUUUCCCGAUUCACGGUCGGUAUGAACGAAGGGACACCCAGAGGCACAAUGUCGGACUCUAAUAAGCUCAAUGGCUCGCUGCGGAGACGGUCACCGCGGUUAAGUUCUCCUCUUCAGGCUGACGUAAAAACAGACAAGAAAAUGGCGCCGGCGCCUGUCGCCGUGAAACGCUCCAUAACUGUGAGGAAAAUAGCUCCCAGAAAAACAGCGGCACCGUCGGAGCAUAACAAGGAGAACACACCGAGACGGUCUGAGUCGGAGGGAAGCCAGCAGAAAAAGCAGAAGGUCUCCACGCCAGGUCCUGCCCCGGCCCGUGGCGGCUCCUCCUCGGGUAAGAAGAAGGAGAAGGCCUCUAUGCCCUCUCCGAUCCUCCCCUCCUCGCCACCGCCCUCCCGUCCGCAACAGCCGGCGGUAGAUCCAGAGGACGCGGUGUGGUCGCAGAAAGUGCGCCGGUCCUACAGCAGGCUCAGCGACAAGUCAUUCAACAGCAGCCCCGACUCCCGUGAGACUUUAUUUGGCUUUGAGAAACUGCAGACACCCGAGGUGGUCCGGAGAGUCCAGCAGUCCAAGGCAGGUCUGGAGGCCGCUGAGUCCUUGUCUUGUCUGAACUCAUUCACGUCUUUGCUCGAGGCGGAUGACUGUGGUUCAGCUUUCCCCGAGCCGGAUCCAAAUAUCCCCGGAGUUGCUGUGGUGAAGGAGAAGAGGAGGAGGAAGAAGGUCCAGCAGAUAGACACCACAGAGCUGGACGCACUGGCUGCAGAGAUGAACGCAGUGUUUGAGGAGGCAGAGGGGUUUGAGCUGGUCGUGGAGUAAAAAUACUCAGACUGAAAGACUUGAACAGACUGAAUCUUUUAUGGGAUGUUGUUUUUGUCACUGACAUGCUGACGAAAAAGACUCUGGAUGUGCUUCAUAUUAAAAACAAAAAGCUUUUGUAGAUUUCCAGUUCUUUAUAUUGUAAAUUUAAAUUCCUUGAAGUUUUCUAUGUUUGGUUGUUAAAUGCUCUUAAUGUGGUUGUUUAGGCCUUUAUGUGCAUAGAUUUUUUGAUUUCAGAAUGAAACCAGUAGUUGGACAAGUAAAGCAAAAGCAUGUUCACUCUUUGUAUUAUAAUUCAAACUUUUAUACAGAUUAUCUUUUAAAUUGAAACAAUUGAUCGAUUAGUCGACUGAUAGAAGAACAAUCAGUUAUUUGUGUGAUUGAUUAAUUGUUUCAUUUGUUUUUCAAGCAAAAAAAGUGAAAAAAAAGUCAAAUAUUCUGUAAUUCCAUCACAAUACCAUCACACAUCGGCUCUGCAAAGUCAUGAUGGUCAUUUUUUUUGACAUUUCAUAAUGUCAAAAAUUAAAAAAACAAUUGGCAGAGUAACUGAUAAUGAAACUAAUCAGUAGCUUCAGCCCUGAUUACCUUUAUGAUAAGACUGCAUAUUGUAAAAACUGUUUUUAAAAUGGGCUUUGACUGUGUUUGUCUUCUUUAGUCACAAACUGGUUCAUUGUGUAGAAGAUACAUAUACAGAGGGAAAACGUGACAGUUUGAUAUGGACGUGGAAGCUGUAGGUGGUUUGUAAACAAAACAAUUUACAGAACUGAUAUGAAUCAAAUGCUUUAAAUUGGCAGUUUGUUUCUACGCUUACAGACUAAACUGGCAUUUUGCUUCUCUUCAUUGUUUGUUAUAUUUUAUCUUCAGCAGUUCAGAGGUAUCUGACCAGAUUACUUUCCUUUAAUCCGUUUAUAUUCACAUUUGACUGACUCAGAGGUUCAGAAUACGACUGUAAGACAGCACCUUUCAAUGUUGUUCUUGGACUGUUAUCUCACAUCUGUCCUUUCUUAAACAUAAACAAAAACCUGUUUUUAUUUUUGCUUGACUGUACAUGUAAAUAAAUACUCAGCAAGUUAAACUA